ACCUUGGAGGGGGGAGGUUGUGGAGGAGGAGCCAGCCAACGCCCAGGGCGGAGGGCUCACGGCCCCGCCCCCUGGCGACUCAGGCGUCCCUAACGACCAACUGCGCCAACCGCAGGUGAGAGCAAUCUCCUGGGUCCCCGGAGCAGAGUCCCAGGGAAGAAGGUGACACUCAAUACCACCUCAGGGCAGCCUGGCGACAGCCAGCCAGACUAAGGCCAACCAGUGAAUGAUAGUCAGGGACAAGUCUCAGAGACCUGGCACCCACUGGAUGACACAGCUCAGCACACUAGAGGUCUAUAUAGGAAGACAUUAUUAUCCCAUUUUACAGACAAGGGAAGGGAAGAAAUUGAAGUCCAGCCACGACCCCCCAUCCCGCAUCCUGCCUGCACCGACGGUCUUCCAGUUUAAGAAGUUUCCUGUUGCAAGUUGCUAAAGGGCUUCCUGCCCUUGCCCCUCGCCCGCAGCCAGCAUGCAGGACAUCCCAGCAACAUCGCCCGGCCCUGGGUCUCGCAGCCAAUCGGCGUUCAACAUCCAGCGCCAGGCGUCUGCCGUGAGUGGUGCCAGCUCAGGGCCUCCACCCAUGAAGACUGGCCCAAGCCCUGCCCCAGCCCACCUGAAGCCCAAGCCCCCAAAUAUCCGGCGCAUGCGCCGGAUCAUCUCUGAGGACGCAGAGUGGACACUGGCCAUUGUACCACUCCUUACAGAACUCUGCAUUCAACACAUCGUCAAGAACUUCCAGAACAACCCUAUCCUGAAGCAGCUGCUCCCAGAGCACCAGCAGAAGGUCCUGAGCCACCUGCCCCCUGACCUGCCGCUGACGGUGACUGCCAACCUGAUCGAAGAUGAGAGGUACUGGCACCGCUGCUGCGUCAAGCGCUGGCCUGUGUGCCACGUGGCCAAGCACGGUGGCAGCUGGAAGCGAAUGUUCUUCGAGAGACACCUGGAGAGCCUGCUGAAGCUCUUCAUCCCGGGGACCACGGACCCCAGUGUGAUCCUGGACCUGCUGCCCCUCUGCAAGAACUACGUGCGCCGAAUCCAAGUGGACCAGUUCCUGCCGCCCGUGCGGCUGCCAGCCCCGCCCCAUCCUGACGACCAGUCCGACUCCGGCAGUGAGGGAGAGGGGAACGAGCCUGAGAAGGACCACUACCAGCUGGAGGAGCUGGUGGCUGGCCUCAAGCACCUGGAGGAGCUGGACCUGGUGUACGGGGUCAAAGACUGCGGCAUGAACUUCGAGUGGAACCUCUUCCUCUUCACCUUUCGAGACUGCCAGUCUCUGGCGACCACCAUCAAAGCUUGCCACACCCUCAAGAUCUUCAGGCUGACCCGAAGUAAGGUGGACGACGACAAGGCGCGCAUCCUGAUCCGAAGCCUGCUGGACCACCCGGCCCUCGAGGAGCUGGACCUGUCCCACAACCUCAUUGGAGACCGUGGUGCUCGAGCGGCCGCCAAGCUGCUGAGCCACAGCCGCCUGAGGGUGCUCAACCUGGCCAACAACCAAGUGAGGGCGCCCGGGGCACAGUCGCUGGCCCACGCCCUGGCCCACAACACCAACCUCGUCUCCCUCAACCUCCGCCUCAACUGCAUCGAGGAUGAGGGCGGCCAAGCCAUUGCCCACGCCCUGGAGACCAACAAGUGCCUCACCACCCUGCACCUCGGUGGCAACGAGCUGUCCGAGCCCACGGCCACACUCCUAUCCCAGGUGCUCCCGGUCAACACCACACUCAUCAGCCUCAACCUCUCCUGCAACCAUAUUGGGCUGGAUGGUGGGAAGCAGCUCCUGGACGGCAUGUCGGACAACAAGACCAUUCUGGAGUUUGACUUGCGUCUGUCAGAUGUAUCCCAGGAGAGUGAGUACCUCAUUGGCCAGGCUCUGCAUGCCAACCGAGAGGCCACCCGCCAGCGGACCCUGAAUCCCGGCCACUUCAUGUCACCCGUCACUAACAACUGCCCUGAGAAUUCAGUAGGCUAAGACAGGGGCAGGCUAAAACAGUGAUCUGAUGGGUCACUGUGGCAGCCACACCUUCAUUUCACACCCUUCCUGUGCCUGUCCCUGGUUCUGAGGAAGAAGGGAGAAGAGGAGAUCUCGAACCUCCUCAGAGUGAGUUUAUAUGCAUGAAGAUGCUGAAGGGGGCCUAAGGAUGAAGAGCUGGUAAGCUAACUCCUGGACCUGAAAAUGGCCAUUUCUAGACCUGUAUAAAUGGUCAGCUUCCAGGAACAGGAAGGCGAAGGACACUAGAGUGUCCCUGCCCAAACUCUUCAUGAGCACCAUCUUGAUUCACCCCACCCCUUCCCCUUUCUACUAAGCAGACCCCGGAGCUCUGAUCUACACACACACACACACACACACCAAAGCUCUGCUGGUCUCUCUGCUCUCCCACCCUGCCUGUCAUGACCUCGGUGUGCUCCACGUCUGCACAUUGUACCAUCACUAAUUCUCAAGCUGGGAAGGAGUACCAAGGGGUUCAGACACAGAGACCUCCUGCCAAGGGCAGGGAAUGAGUGUCACUCCGAGGAGGGGCGUCGGUGAGUCGUCCACACUUUUAUUGUCCACCAGUGUGAUUUGUACAAUCUUUGCGCUUGGAAUUCCAUGACAAAAAGGCCACAGUGUGAUGCACCCAAUUUGACAGAGAUCUGUCUUCUCCCGAGCCAGGCCCAGCCCACCCCACAAGCCCUUAUCCUCAGGACAUACAGUCUUCCUGGUACCCUCCAUGAGUCCCUGUCACUCUGUGACUGCCCACCCUGGGGCUACACCCAUAGGAAUCCCAUCAGCCUACGGAUCCACGAGAGGACCUGACUGACCAAUUCAGGCCCAGCCCCUUGUCUCCCAACUCUUCUUGAGCUGAGUGGCCCAGAGCCCACCUAUCCAAAAGAUGGGAGACUGAACCGCAGCUGCCGUCCAGGAGGGCCUGCACUCCAGGGACUCUUUGCAACAAGCAGGCGCUGAGCAGAGCACCAGAGGAGGCCUGGGAGUGACUAUGUGUGUGCCUGUCCGGGCAACCUAGAGACAUCUGUACCUGACACCCUCUGACAGUUCCAGAGUGCAAACAUGUAGGUGUGAGGGUGUGUGUGUGUCUGUGUGUAGCCACAGCUGCUAGCAGAAGUUCUAAUUAGAGAAACAAGAACAUUCAGUGUAAAGUUUAAUUUUAGAGAUUAAUUAAUUUUCUGGUUUUCAUUUUCCCUGGCAAUCAAUAAAGCUACCAAGAAAAGAGA